AUGUUUAUUCAGCUCGCUACUAGGGAGGGAGUAACAUGGAUCUCAACUUGUGGCUUUAAAUUCAGGUGUACUAUCGAAGUCACCAAAGAAUGUUUCAUGCCUCCUGAGCAGCAUAUUGUCGUUAAAAGGACGGAACGAAUUCGGAAAUGCUCGUAUCUUGUUCAGUUGCUAGGAGAAAUGGUAGAUACGAGGAACGGCACGGCCGCCUGCCUCGUCGUCACAACUCAUUUUCUUGUGUACAUCUUGCCUAAAUGUAUUUUAAUACAUUCCUCAUGGAGCUCCUUUGAAAAUCCGCUCACUCGCCAGUUUUGUUUCUUUGAAAGGUUAUUACACGAUAUUCUAUUCUUUCAUACACUUGGGAAGCAGAUCAAGAAGGAGUUAACGUUAUUGAUCGAGUGGAGGCUGUGUAUGACGACAUACUAUGCAUCUAGGAAUGUCAACUAUGCUUACAUGACAGGCCACGACCACGUCCUGGGCCCCCAACGCCCAAAACCUACUCCUGCGGACCCUUUAAACGAGCCGCGCAACCUUUCGCUCGGAUUUUCUAGCGCUGCGAAGGGUUUUGUGAGAGGUAUCGAGCAGGAAACACAGGAUAGAGGGGCCGAGGAGCUUAUAUACCUAGUGCCAAGCCCUCAGGCCACUCAGGGGCCAGAUAACCUAAUCGAUCAGUGCACUUACGGAAUUGUACGCAAGGCCCGCUCACCCGCGCCUGACCGUACGGGGAAUUCUGAAGUUGAUGGCCUAUUCUCAGUUUUUAUUCCGAGCCACAAUGUUGUCCGGUUGGCUUUUCAUGUGAGAUUGGAUAUCACUGAGAAAAUCGGCACGGCUUUGAGCCAAAUUAUGGACCUGAUGACACCUCCGUCUUCCGAGAGACUUCACACCGAAGAUAUCGUACCAAAGGAAAAGUUAUUCAUGGGUGUCGUUCGCUAUUAUGAACCAAGAGAGUUCACUUACAGACCUUACAAAGAUAGCCAUCAAGCCGGCCUGAGCUCGGGUGAAAUUCAUUGUCUAUGUUUUCGCUGCUCCCGGAGGUUAUCGAUGAGCGACGAACCUAAACCGUAUGAAGAUGCGAUUAUAGUUUCAGUUUCGGCUUUAGAAAUUUGGGCUUGUGGUGAAACUUUUUCGCUCAGCUGGGCUAUCUCUUCCCCAGACCUUACACCUCGCCUUAAUCUACCUAGUCUGGCUCUCACUACCGAAUUGACAGCUCGCAUCUCUAUAUGCCCUCCAUCAGCUCUAUCUACGCUCCCUGCGAUAAGAACCGUCCAAGAAGAUGAGCAACUCAACUUAAAAAGAUGGUUUAUGCGAACAAGGCCUUGUAUCAGCCUUGCAUGUAAGAGGCUGUGGAAUGCGCCAAGCUUCAUGUCAAUACAGGCUAGGAAGCCCCAGGUAUCGCAGAUUAGAUGGGAUUCCCAUAAAAGUGGAGGGCCAAUCAGAGAAGCCGCAUGGGUUAUGAAGCAUGAAUCCAUUCUGCCGGUAGAGCAGCUUAGAGGCAUUUUUCCUUCCAAAAUAUAUGAUGUGGAUUUACAUCGCAAAGGUCUCAAGUCUGGAUUGAAUAUCGAGAAGAAGUGGUGGCACAGUGCCGAGUUAACAUGGACGAACUCAGAGGGAGGAGCCCUAAAAUAG